CUCUCCCCGGGGGCAGCCGCCCGCCGUCCCCACCCUCGGUGCGCCGGGUUCGGGUGCCGAAGGCAGCGUUUUGGCCGAGAGCCGGUUCUUGGAUGCCGAAAGCUGGGCUCCCGCAGCGCGGGUGCCGAAGCGGCGAUGGGUGUCCCCGGAGUGUGGCUUGGGGUGGCCCUGGCGUUGGCGGCAUUUGCAGCAUCGCCUCCUGGUUCCGAAGGUGCUUGUGUCUAUGAGGGCUCCUUGUUGGCGGAUGCCACAGUUUGGAAGCCCGAUUCGUGCCAGAACUGCCGUUGCCAUGGUGACAUCGCCAUCUGCAAACCUGCUGUUUGCGAAAACCCUCGGUGUGCCUUUGAGAAGGGGGAAGUGCUUCGAAUAGCCGCCAACCAGUGCUGCCCCGCGUGUGUCUCCAGGAUGCCUGGAUCCUGCCACCAUGAGCAGAAAAUCCAUGAGCACGGAACCGAGUGGGCGUCUCCCCCGUGCAGCGUGUGCUCCUGCGCCCACGGGGAGGUCCGCUGCGCCCCCGGGCCGUGCCCCCCGCUGUCGUGUGGACCCCGGGAGCUGGCCUUCAUCCCCGAAGGGAGCUGCUGCCCCAUCUGCGUGGGGCCUGGGGAGCCCUGUUCCUACGAAGGCCGUGUGUUUCAGGACGGGGAAGACUGGCAGCUGAGCCCGUGCGCCAAGUGUGUGUGCAGAGAUGGGGUUGCCCAGUGCUUCACGGCCCAGUGCCAGCCUCUGUUCUGCGACCAGGAUGAAACUGUCGUCCGCCUGCCGGGAAGAUGUUGCCCACAGUGCUCGGCGCGACUCUGCUCCGCGGCUGGCCAGGUGCACGAGCACGGCGAGCAGUGGAGUGAAGACGCCUGCACCACGUGCGUGUGUGACCGGGGCCAGGCCAGGUGCCACCGACAGGCCUGCCCUCCGCUGAGCUGCGGACAGGGCCAGAGCCGGGCUCGGCGCCCCGGGCACUGCUGCGAGGAGUGUGUGUCAUCCGCCGGAAGCUGCUCGCACCAGGGGGUCGUGCGGUACCAGGACGAAGUGUGGACAGUCCUGGCCUGUGAGUUCUGCACGUGUGACCGCGGCCGCGUGACCUGCCAGCAUGCGGAGUGUGCUGCAGUGGCGUGUGCGCAGGGUGAAGAAUUAAUUCACUUAGAUGGGAAGUGCUGUCCUGAAUGCAUUUCAAGGAAUGGCUAUUGUGUUUAUGAAGAAAAUGGAGACUUGAUGCCCUCAAAUGCUAGUGCAGUUAAACGGAUUCCAGAGGGAGAGAAGUGGGAGGACGGCCCUUGCAGGGUGUGUGAGUGCCGGGCCGCUCAGGUGACCUGCUACGAGCCUUCCUGCCCACCGUGUCCGGUGGCCACACUGGCCGUGGAGGUGAAGGGACGGUGCUGUCCUCACUGCACAGCAGUUCGUUGCCACCCGGACUGCUUGACCUGCUCUCACGCUCCAGACCACUGUGACCUCUGCCGGGACCCCGCGAAGCUGCGGCAGAAGGGGCGGUGUGUGCACAGCUGUGGGCCGGGAUUCUACCAGGCGGGCAGCCUGUGUUUAGCCUGCCAGCCGCAGUGCGCCACCUGUGCCAGUGCGCUGGGGUGCUCGUCCUGCCGGCCUCCCCUGCUGUUGCAGCACGGCCAGUGUGUGCCCGCCUGCGGGGACGGCUUCUACCGCGACCGCCACACCUGCGCAGGUUGCCACGAGUCCUGUGCAGCCUGCAGGGGCCCGACGGAGCGGCACUGCUCGGCCUGCAGGGACCCCCAGCGCGUGCUGCGGGACGGCGUGUGUGCCAGCGGCUGCGGUGAAGGCGCCUACAGCAGGCAGGACAUCUGCAGCGCUUGCCACCCCUCCUGCAAGAGCUGCGGCCCCAGCAGCCCCAGGUGUCUGACCUGCCCCGAGGGGACCGUCUUGCACAACGGGACGUGCGUCUCCGAAUGCCCCGGUGGGUUCUACGCGGACGCGGAGGGCAGGUGCAGAGGCUGCCAUGACUCGUGUGCCGGCUGCUCCGGGCCCAGCGCUGUGCAGUGCACGGCCUGUGCCGCCCCCCGCGCCCUGCGCCAGGGCCGCUGCCCGCCCCGCUGCGGAGACGGCUUCUACCCUGACCGCGGGAUCUGCAGAGCGUGUCACUCCUCCUGCCUGGCGUGCGUGGGUCCGGAGCCCUCGCACUGCACGGGGUGCAGGAAGCCGGAGGACGGGCUGCAGGUCGAGCAGCUGUCCGUGGCCGGGGCUCCCUCUGGAGUGUGUCUCUCUCAGUGCAGAGCCCAGUUUUACCUGGAGAGCUCCGGGCUCUGUGCAGCGUGCCACCAGUCCUGUCUCCGGUGUGCGGGGAAGAGUCCCCACAACUGCACGGCCUGCCAGCCUCCCCGCGUGCUGCUGGGCGGGCGCUGCCUGUCCCGGUGCCCCGACGGCUACUUCAGCCAGGCAGGUGGCUGCACAGAAUGUCACCCAACCUGCAGGCAGUGCCACGGGCCGCUGGCAUCCGACUGCGUCUCCUGUCACCCCCGUGCCUCUCUCAGCGGUGGGAGCUGCCGGACCAGCUGCCGGGAAGAGCAGUUGCUCAACCUCGCAGGGGACUGUGCUGACUGCCACCCUCUGUGCCGGCGCUGUGCCGCCGACCUCCACAGCACCGGGAGCGUCUGCCUGCAGUGCCAGAGUGCCCGCCACCUGCUGCUUGGGGACCACUGUGUCCCUGCCUGUCCAUCAGGAUACUACGCAGAGAGCGGAGCUUGCAAAAGAUGCCACUCCUCCUGCAGAACCUGCCGGGCAGGAGGACCGUUCUCCUGCUCCUCCUGUGACGCUGGCCUCCUGCUGUCCCACCUCGGCACCUGCAGCGCCACCUGCUUCCCUGGGCACUAUCCUGAUGACAGCCAUGUUUGCCAGCCGUGCGACGCCCACUGUCGGAGCUGCGACUCGCAGGCCGGCUGCACCUCCUGCCGAGACCCCGGCAAGGUCCUGCUCUUCGGGGAAUGCCGGUCCGAGGGCUGCGCCCCGCAGUACUACCUCGACUUGUCCACCAACACGUGCAAAGAGUGCGACUGGAGCUGCGACAGGUGCGCCGGGCCCCUGCGGACCGACUGCCUGCAGUGCAUGGACGGCUACGCGCUCCAGGACGGGGCCUGUGUGGAGCAGUGCUCGCCCUCGUUCUACCGGGACGGGGGUCUCUGUACGAGCUGCGGAAGCCACUGUCUGCAGUGCCAGGGUCCCCACGAGUGCACCCGCUGCGAGGGGCCCUUUCUCCUCCUGGAAGCCCGGUGUGUGCAGGACUGUGGGGCGGGCUACUUCACAGACCACGAGAAGCACGAAUGCACAGCCUGCCCUCGGGGGUGCUUGCAGUGCAGCCGCGGGGACCGGUGUCACCUCUGUGACCGCGGGUUCCUGCUGCAGAGCGGCCUCUGCGUUUCCAGCUGCCUCCCUGGCCUCUCUGCCCACCCCGCUAACGAAUCGUGUGCCGGCAAAACACACCCCCCCAGGCUUCAUGUGAACGGUUCCCUGACGCUGCCCAUCGGCUCGGUGAAGCCGCUGGACUUUUUCCUCCUGAACGUCCAAGGCCGGGGGGGCAGCGUGGACGACCUCCUGUUCCACGUGGUGAGCACCCCCACCAACGGGCAGCUGGUGCUGGCGAGGAACGGCAGGGAGGUUCAGCUGGGCAGGGCCGGCCGUUUCAGCUGGAGAGAUGUGAACGAGAAGAAAGUGCGUUUUGUGCACAGCAAGGAAAAACUCAGGAAAGGUUACUUUUCCCUGAAAAUUAGCGACCAGCAGUUCUCCUCUGAGCCGCAGCCGAUCAACGUACAAGCGUUCUCAACACAGGCCCCCUAUGUGCUGAGAAAUGAGGUUCUGCACGUUGGCAGAGGAGAGACGGGAACCAUCACCACCCAGCUGCUUGACAUCCGGGACGAUGACAACCCACAGGACGUGGCCGUCCACGUGCUCGACCCGCCACGUCACGGCCAGUUGCUGCGAACCCGUCGGUCCCCGGCAGCCCCUGUGUCCCAGUUCCAGCUGGAAGAGCUGUCCAGGGGCCUCCUCCGCUACGCUCACGACGGCUCAGACGGCACAGCCGACACCGCGGUCCUGCAGGCCAGCGACGGACACUCCUUCCGGAACAUACUGUUGCGCGUGAGGACCGUGCCCGAGAAUGACAGAGGUCUCCGGCUUGUGGCGAACUCCAUGGUGUGGGUUCCGGAAGGGGGGAUGCUGCAGAUCACCGACAGAAUCUUACAGGCCGAAGCCCCCGGGGCCAGCGCUGAGGAUAUUGUCUACAAGAUUACACAAGACCACCCCAAGUUUGGGGAGCUGGUCCUUCUGGGGAACCCGCCUGCGGACGGCCCCGCGGACGAGGGCCAGCACCUGUCUGACGGGAGGACGGCCACCCCCGUCAGCACCUUCACCCAGCGGGACGUCGACCAGGGCGCUGUCUGGUACCGGCACUCGGGGGCCCCCACCCAGAGCGAUUCCUUCCGCUUCCAGGUGUCCAGCGCCACGGACGCCCAGAGCCACCUGGAGAGCCGGGUGUUCAACGUCGCCAUCUUGCCGCAGACGCCGGAAGCCCCCGAACUCUUUCCGGAAUCGUCUCUGCACAUGACUGCUCGAGAAGACGGCCUGACUGUCAUUCAGCCUCGUUCCCUCUCCUUUGUGAACUCCGAGAGGCCGAGUGGGAAGAUCACAUACAAUAUCACUGUACCUCUGCGCCCAGGUCAAGGGACCAUCGAGCGCAGGGACCAGCCUCACUCUCCCAUCCGGCAUUUCACGCAGGAGGAUGUGAACCAGGGCAAGAUCGUGUACCGCCCGCCGCCUGCUGCCCCCCACCUGCAGGAGCUCAUGGCCUUCUCCUUCGCGGGUCUCCCAGAAUCAGUGAAAUUCCACUUCACAGUUUCAGACGGAGCGCACACCAGUCCAGAGACGGCCCUCACCAUCCACCUACUUCCCGCCGAUCGGCGCCUGCCGACGUUCCGAGUCACAGCCCCGCUGCUCGAGGUCAGCCCGGGAGGCAGCACUCCUCUAGGACUUCAGCUGGUCGGGAGAGAUGCCGAGAUAGCACUCGAAGAUCUCUUCUUUGAGCUCCGGCGACCGCCCCAGCACGGCGUGCUGCCGAAGUCCCCAGCCGAGUUCCAAAGGCCCAUGGCUGCAGGUGACGCUUUCACCUACGAGGACGUGGAGAAAGGCGCUCUGCAGUACUUGCACGACGGCUCCCCUGCCCGGGAGGACAGCCUGGGGAUCUCCGUCAGGGACGGCGUCACGGUGACGGCGGUGGACGUGCGGGUGCGGGUGUCGCCGUCGGAGGGCCGGGGGCCUCGGCCGGCUGCGGGUUCCCCUCUGAGCAUGACCGUCGCCGGUAAAAGCACAGGCACGAUCACCAGGUCCCACCUUGCCUACGAGGACGAUUCUUCCCCCGACGCGGAGAUCUGGAUUCGGUUGAGUUCUCUGCCGACGUACGGCACUCUCCUGAGAACCUCAGGACCUGAGGUGGAAGAACUCACAGAGCUUUCAAAUUUCACGAUGGAAGACAUCAACAACGAGAAAAUUAGAUACUCGGCCGGGUUUGAAGUGGAGGGUCCUCUGAUCACUGACAGCUUCUACUUCUCUGUCUCCGACGGGGACCACAACCACCUGGACAAUCAGAUGUUUACCAUCGUCAUUACUCCUGCUGAAAAUCCACCUCCAGUGCUCGCUUUCGCUGACCUUAUCACGGUGGAGGAGGGAGGGCGAGCCCCGCUCUCGUUCCACCAUUUCUUUGCCACCGAGGACCACGACAACCUGCAGGGAGACGCCGUGAUCACACUGAGUGUCCUGCCCAGAUACGGCUGCAUCGAGAACACGGGGACAGGUGAUCGUUUUGGCCCUGAAACUGCCAGUGACCGGGAGGCGUCAUUCCCUGUUCAAGACGUCCUGGAAAACUACAUUUACUACUUCCAGAGUGUGCACGAAAGCGUCGAGCCGACGCAGGAUGUUUUUAGCUUCUACGUGAGUGACGGAGCCCGUCGUUCGGAAAUUCACAGCAUCAACAUCACCAUUGAGAGGAAGAACGAUGAGCCUCCCCAGGUGACCCUGCGGCCCCUCAGGGUGCAGCUGCGCCGGGGCGUGGUGAUCGGUGCCGCCUCCCUGAGUCUACAGGACCUGGACACGCCGGACGAUGAGCUGGUUUUUGUGCUGACGAAGAUUCCCGACCACGGUGAUCUCAUCCGCAGGCAAAGUGCCUCUGAGCCGCUGGAGAACGGGACUGUCUUAGCCCAGGGCUCCUCCUUCACCUACCAGGACGUCCUGGCAGGGCUGGUCGGGUACAGGCCGGGUGACCCUGGCGCGGGAGAGGACGAGUUCCGGUUCUCGCUCACCGACGGCCUCCACGUGGACGCGGGGAGGAUGGAGAUCCACGUAGACCUGCCGGCCGGCGGCUCGCCCUCCGUGGCCGUGAACCGAGGCCUGCGGCUCCCAGCAGGCUCCUCGGCUCCCAUCACGGAGCAGCACCUGCGGGUGACAGGCGCUGGCUCCGGCGACCGUGAGGUUGUGUACGUCGUGAAGGAGGAUCCCGGGGCAGGGCGCCUGCAGGUGGCUAAGCGUGACGGCCCACGGCAGAUCUCUGUGCGAGGCCCCGUGCGAAGUUUCACCCAGACGGACAUUCGCCAAGGGCAGGUAGAAUACAGUCACAGAACAGGAGAGCCUGGCGGGAGCUUCGCUUUCAGAUUUGACGUGGUGGACGGAGAAGGCAACAGGCUGGCUGACCAGUCGUUUGCCAUCAGCGUCGUGGAAGACAAAUCCCCACCAGUCAUCGUCACCAACAAAGGGCUGGUCUUGGACGAAAACUCGGUGGGGAAAAUCACCACCUUGCAGCUGUCUGCCGCUGACCAGGACGGCGACCCUGCAGAGCUGACCUACAGCGUCACCCGCCAGCCCCAGCUGGGCCACCUGGAACUCACAGCGUCCCCAGGCGUCCGGAUCAGCUCCUUCACCCAAGCCGACCUGGCCGCAGGGACCGUCCAGUACGUCCACUCCAGUGAGGCCGAGAAGCACGCGGACGCCUUCAGCUUCGCCCUGUCGGACGGGGCCCACGAGGUGACCCAGACGUUCCUCAUCACCCUCCGGCCCGUGGACGAUUCGCUGCCCGUGGUCCGGAGCUCGGGCAUGCGGGUGCAGGCGGGCGGGAGGAAGACCCUUACGGACUCUGAGCUCCAGGCGGUGGACGCAGACACGGAGGCCGCGUCCCUGACGUUCACCGUGGUGCAGCCCCCGAGGCACGGCGCCCUCGAGCGGACCACCGACGGGCAGCGCUUCCACCCGGCCCCCACCUUCAGCAUGGACGACAUCUCCCAGAACCGCGUCCGCUACAGCCACAGCGGCGGCAGCGCCCACGGCGACCGGUUCACCUUCACCGUCUCCGACGGGACCAACCCCCUCUUCACCGUCGAGGAAGGUGGGAGACAGGUGGUGACGACGGCGCCUCAGCCGUUCCGCAUAGACGUCCUCGCGGUGGAUGACGGCACUCCCAGGCUUGUCACCAACCUGGGCCUGCAGUGGCUGGAGUACGUGGAUGGCAAGGCAACCAACGUGAUCACCAGGAAGGAACUGCUGACCACGGACCCAGACACGGGGGACCCGCAGCUCGUCUACGAGAUCACGGCAGGCCCCGAGCACGGCCGCGUGGAGAACAGGCUGCAGCCCGGCCGAGCCGCGGCCACCUUCACCCAGGAGGACGUGAACCUGGGCCUGAUUCGCUACGUGCUGCACGAGGAGAAGAGCCGGGAGCUGACGGACAGUUUCCGGUUCCUGGUGAAGGACAGCAAACCCAACGUGGUCGGCGGCAACAUCUUCCACGUCCAGUGGUCCCUCAUCAGCUUCAAGCACGCCAGCUACAACGUCAGCGAGACGGCGGGGUCGGUCAGCGUCACCGUGCAGAGGACCGGGAACCUGCACCAGUACGCCAUCGUCCUGUGCCGCACCCAGCCGGGCACCGCCAGCCCCGGCUCCGGGGUCGGCCCCCAGCCCGGGCGGCAGGACUACGUGGAGUACGCCGGGCAGGUGCAGUUUGACGAGCGAGAGGACACCAAGUCCUGCACCAUCGUCAUCAACGACGACGACGUGUUUGAGAACGAGGAGAGCUUCGCGGUGGAGCUCAGCCUGCCGGCGUUCGCGCUGCUCGGGGAGCCCCCCCGGGCCAGGGUCGUCAUCAACGACGCUGAGGAUGAGCCCACCUUGGAGUUCGGCAGCAAGACCUACCGGGUCAGCGAGAGCGCCGGCGUCCUGUACGCGACCGUUGAAAGGAAAGGGGACGCGAGCAGCACAGUGUCUGCCGUUUGCUACACGGUCCCGAAGUCGGCCAUGGGGAGCAGCCUCUCUGCGCUGGAGUCGGGCUCUGACUUUAAAUCCAGAGGGCUGUCUGCCGAGAGCCGCGUCGUCCUCGGGCCCGGCGUCACCAGCUCCACCUGCGACGUCGUGCUCAUCGAUGACAGCGAGUACGAGGAGGAAGAGGAGUUCGAGAUUGCCCUGGCCCACGCGUCGGACAACGCCCGCAUCGGGAGGGUGGCGACGGCCACGGUGCUCGUCAGUGGCCCCAACGACGCCUGCACCGUGUCCCUGGGCAGCGCGGCCUUCACUGUCAGCGAGGACGCAGGCACAGUGAAGAUUCCGGUUCUCCGCCGCGGCCCCGACCUGUCCACAUUCACGUCCGUCUGGUGUGGGACGCGGCCCUCGGACCCCGCGUCGGCCACUCCGGGCGUGGACUACGUGCCCAGCUCCAGGAAGCUGGAGUUUGGGCCUGGGGUCACCGAGCAGGAUUGCACCUUGACGAUCCUGGACGACACGCAGUACCCGGUCAUUGAGGGGCUGGAGACGUUCGUGGUUUUCCUGAGCUCCGCCCACGGGGCCGAGCUGACCAAGCCCGUCCAAGCCGUCGUUGCCAUUAACGACACGUUCCAGGAUGUGCCCAGCAUGCAGUUUGCCAGGGGUCUGCUCCGCGCGGAGGAGAAGGAGGGUGUCCUGCACGUCCGUGUCACGCGGAGCGGGGACCUGAGCUACGCGUCGUCCGUGAGGUGCUACACGCAGAGCCUGUCUGCUCAGGGCUCGGAGGACUUUGAAGAGAGACCGAACGCAGACUCCUCUCGGAUCACGUUUCUGAAAGGGGAGAAGGUGAAGAACUGCACCGUCUACAUCCACGACGACUCCGUGUUCGAGCGGGAGGAGCAGUUCAGGCUCCGCCUGGGCCACCCGCUGGGCAGCCACUGGAGCGGGGCCCGAGUCGGGAAGAACGACAUGGCCACCGUGACCAUAGCCAACGGCGAAGACGCGCCCACCGUCGAAUUUGAAGAAGCUGCCUACCAAGUGCGGGAACCGGCAGGGCCGGAGGCGGUUGCGGUUCUGAGCGUCAAGGUGGUCCGCCGAGGGGACCAGGACAGGACGUCCAGGGUCCGCUGCAGCACCCGGGACGGGUCCGCCCAGUCCGGCCUGGACUAUUCCCCCAAGAGCCGGGUCUUGAAGUUCAGUCCCGGUGUGGAUCACGUCUUUUUUAAAGUCGAGAUCCUGUCCAACGAAGACCGGGAGUGGCACGAGUCUUUCUCACUGGUCCUCGGCCCAGAUGACCCGGUGGAGGCGGUUCUCGGGGACGUGACCACGGCGACCGUGACGAUUCUGGACCAGGAGGCGGCAGGGAGCCUCAUCCUGCCGGCACCGCCCGUGGUGGUGACGCUUGCCGACUAUGACCGCGUGGAAGAGGCCACCAAGGAAGGAGCCAGGAAGUCCCCGUCCCCCGGCUACCCGCUGGUCUGCGUCACCCCCUGCGACCCGCACUUCCCCAGGUUCGCGGUCACCCAGGGGCGCUGCCGCGAGGCCGGCAUCAACCAGACGUCUGUGCAGUUCAGCUGGGAGGUGGCCGCCCCCACCGACGGCAGCGGGGCCCGAUCUCCCUUUGAGACCGUCACCGACAGCACACCGUUCACCAGCGUCAGCCACAUGGUCCUGGACAGCAUCUACUUCAGCCGGAGGUUCCACGUGCGUUGCGUGGCAAAGGCCGUGGACAAGGUGGGCCACGUGGGGACCCCCUUAAGGAGCAACAUCGUCACCAUCGGCACAGACAGUGCCAUCUGCCACACCCCCGUGGUGGCUGGGACCUCCAGGGGCUUCCAGGCUCAGUCCUUCAUCGCGACCUUGAAGUACCUGGACGUCAAGCACAAGGAGCAUCCGAACAGAAUCCACAUUUCCGUGCAGAUCCCCCACCAGGACGGGAUGCUGCCCCUCGUGUCCACCCGGCCGCUGCACAACCUGCACUUCCUGCUGUCUGAGUCCAUCUACAGACACCAGCACGUCUGCUCCAACCUGGUCACCAGCCGCGACCCGGGGGCCGUCUCGGAGGCCGGGUUCCUGGACGACGUGGCCCACGACAGCAGCGCCCUGGGCCCCGGCUACGACCGUCCCUUCCAGUUUGACCCCAGCGUGCGGGAGCCGAAGACCCUGCGGCUGUACAAACACCUGAACCUGAAGAGCUGCGUGUGGACCUUCGACGCCUACUAUGACAUGACCGAGCUGAUCGACGUGUGCGGCGGCUCCGUGACCGCCGACUUCCAGGUGCGGGACUCCGCCCAGUCCUUCCUGACCGUGCAUGUGCCCCUGUAUGUGUCCUACGUCUACGUGACGGCCCCCCGGGGCUGGGCCUCCCUGGAGCACCACACGGAGAUGGAGUUUUCCUUCUUCUACGACACCGUGCUCUGGAGAACAGGGAUCCAGACGGACAGCGUGCUCUCUGCAAGGCUGCAGGUCAUAAGGAUCUACAUCCGGGAGGACGGCCGCCUGGUCAUCGAGUUCAAGACCCACGCUAAAUUCAGAGGACAGUUUGUCAUGGAGCACCACACGCUGCCCGGCGCGAGGUCCUCCCUUCUGACCCCGGACCACCUGGGAGGCAUCGAGUUUGAGCUGCAGCUGCUGUGGAGCGCGCAGACCUUCGACUCUCCGAACCAGCUCUGGAGGGCCACCAGCUCUUACAACAGGAAGGACUACUCGGGCGAGUACACCAUCUCCCUGGUCCCGUGCACGGUGCAGCCCACGCAGCCGUGGGUGGACCCCGGAGAGAAGCCUCUGGCCUGCACGGCACACGCCGCGGAGAGAUUCCUGAUCCCCAUCGCGUUCCAGCAGACCAACCGCCCCGUGCCGGUCGUGUACUCGCUCAACACUGAAUUUCAGCUCUGCAAUACGAGAAGGUGUUCCUAAUGGACCCCAG